CGCACUGCGAGGCCUGUGCCGGAAAAUGCUGUAGGAUUAUUACCAUCAUGAAGAUGUUAUUUGCGUGUCAGUCCCUCGCCUGACGCGGGCUGCUUGGGGGCAGGCGGCAGGAAAAUGAGUGUGUCCCAACAAAAUGAGAGGAGGCAGUCCCUGCUUGAAAGGCUUCUUGAUGCUGUUAAGCAGUGUCAAAUUCGCUUUGGUGGAAGAAAGGAAAUUGCAUCAGACGCAGAUAGUAGGGUGAUCUGUCUGUGUGCUCAGUUUGAGACUGUGCUGCAGCAUGGCUUAAGGAGAAGCAAAGGAUUAGCACUAACAGCAGCUGCUAUCAAACAAGCAGCAGGAUUUGCCAAUAAAACUGAAACAGAGCCUGUUUUUUGGUAUUAUGUAAGAGAGCAUCUGAACAAACAUGAGCUACAACGAUACUACUCUUUAAAGAAUAUCACCACAGAUAUUGGUCGGGGCAGGGCUUGGCUCCGAUCUGCAUUGAAUGAGCAUUCACUCGAGCGAUACAUGCAUAUGCUUCUUGGUGAUGGGAACCAGCUAAGCGUCUUCUAUGAAGAUUGGUCCUUUAUGAGGGAUGAAGAACGUGCAAGCAUGCUUCCUACCAUGGCAGCAGGGUUAAAUUCAAUCCUCUUUGCAAUCAACAUUGACAACCAGGAUUUGAAUGGACCUAACAAGCCUGUAUCUGCAGUUGCAAACUUAUUGAAAGAAUCAACACAAAAUGUCACGUGCCUGUUAAAGGAAUCCACCCAGGGGGUUAGCACACUGCUGAAAGAAAUCUCAACAGUAUCUGCUGUGCCAAGUUUCAUGCGACCUGAGCCUGAAUCUGACCGACUGCCAGUUCUGUCUAAAACUGUAAACCAAGAUGGAAAAAGCAAAAGAGAAAAGAAGAAAAAGAAAAUGGUGCCAAAUAUAAUUUCUUUUGAUGGUGACAAUGAAGAGGAGGAACUGUGCUCUGAGCGAGUAAAACAUUCAGAUGUAACAAUAGAAAGUUCUGAAGAAAAUUCAGAAAAAUCUUCAUCUGUUUCUUCAGCUGUGAUUUUAGCUGCACUUAGUCCAGAUGUUUAUGGAAAACCAAGUUCUAAUGGAGAAGAAUUUAGCAACAAUAUCUUGAAAACUGUGGAUGUAUGUGUAAAUGGUGAUGCUGGUCACAAGAAACUAGAUAUGAAAAGUAUUGACGAUGACGAUGAUGAAGAGGAUGAAGAUGUGGAUGGGGAGCACAUGUAUCAAAGUAAAGAGAAUGAGGAGGACAGGCUUCUUUCUGAACAACCGCUUGUGGGAAAUAUCUCCAUUUCACAAAUGUCCAGCUGGAAUACACUACAAGUUUUGAAUGACAAUGACAGUUCUGACAUUCUCUUUCCAGUCAUUGCAGUUGGCUCCUGCUCUCAGUCUGAUGCCACUUCUGAUAACCUGGUAUACUGCGAUGAACAUGAAAAUGCCACACUUGCUGUUGAACUUGCCCAGAAAGGAUCCCAAUUUCAGUACAGUACUGAAGUCACUCCUCCUCUUCAGGCCGACAUUGGUGGUCUUUUGCCAGCAGCUACUAUCCCAGAAUCAAUGACCAUUGAUGAACUACGACAAGCUAUUGUAGCCAUGAUGAACAGAAAAGAUGAACUGGAUGAGCAAAACAGAUCACUGCGAAACUUACUUGAUGGUGAGAUGGAACAUUCUGCAGCACUCAGGCAAGAAAUUGACAACCAGAAAAAGAAACUGGCAGAGCAAGAAGAACGACAUGCUGCCAAGAUUCAGGCAUUGGCAAGGGAAAAUGAAGUGUUGAAGGUGCAGCUGAAGAAGUACGUAGGAGCUGUUCAAAUGUUAAAGCGCGAAGGAAGCCAAGUGAAUGAUGUUUUUCCAAACUUGCGGAGUGGUGAUACAGAUCUUGUGAUCCCAGAGCCAAAACCUGUGGUGGAUAAUGAUGAGCUGGCGAACACCUAUGAGCGGAAGCUAAUUGAGGUAGCAGAGAUGCAUGGAGAACUGAUAGAAUUCAACGAGAGGUUACACAGAUCACUGAUGGCCAAAGAAGCCCUCAUCUCUCAGAUGAGGCAGGAGCUCAUUGAUUUAAGAGGACCAGUACCUGGUGAUCUAAGUCAAACUUCUGAGGAUCAAAGUUUGUCGGAUUUUGAAACGGCUCACUGUGCACUGAUAAAUGUCUGGAUUCCAACGGUGUUUCUGCGUGGACGAGCUGCUAAUGCUUUUCAUGUGUAUCAGGUUUAUAUCCGGAUCAAAGAUAAUGAAUGGAAUGUGUACAGGAGAUACACUGAAUUCAGAGCACUGCACAAUAGACUACGGACCAAAUUCCCUACAGUGAAUACUUUUCAUUUCCCACCUAAAAAAGCCAUCGGAAACAAGGAUGCAAAGUUUGUGGAGGAACGUCGUAAACAACUCCAGGAGUACCUGAGGAACAUAAUGAACAAAAUUAUACAGACGCUCCCAGAGUUUACAUCCAGCCCUAAGAAAGAGACCCUCAUAAACCUGCUUCCAUUUUGCGUUGAUUUACAGCCAACUGGAGAACCUGCAAAUAAGACAAAGGCAAAGGUCACUUCGAAGUUUUCUAGAUUGAGCAGGACUCACCACAGAGAGACACGGAAUCCGGAGCCACAGAGUGGUGACUUAUGACCUGUUAGCUGUCUAAAGAUCCCAGCAUACUGUAUGGUUGCCCUUUAUUUGAACCAUCAGAGAACCUUUCCAUACACAGUUGAUUUAAGCGGAGGAACAUAAUGCUUCAGUGUUAUUUCUUGGGAAAUGAUCUGGAAAAAAUGGCACAUUCUCAUGCACCUUUCGUUGUUGGUAACUUUGAAUUUAAUAUUUGCUUUUAAGAACCAUCAAUAUAAAGUAAGAUCCCUUUCACUUGCAUAGUUUGAAAUAUUUACAAUCUGCAUUGAUUAUUUAUUUUGGUGGUACAAUAAGAAGAUCUCUCUCUUGCUUUUUUGCCACGAAUUCCAAAUGUGUUUUCUCAUCCUCCAAAUCUACAUCAACUUCCUGGUGUUCACUUGUACACCUGUUACCACACUCCUUAUCUAUAUAUAUAUAUCUUGGAGAAAGAAAGAUUUCUGCACCAAUUUACAAAAAUUCUGUUAUCUCUUUUCACAUCACUGGAUGUCAGAGACUCCAUCAAUGAACAUCAAACAGAGAGAGCUUCAAGUCAAAUACAAUUUCUUAAUGAGAGAUGCUGGGUGCUGUUCUUCUCUCUUCCCCACCUAGAUAGCGUGAAGAGAAGCUUUGUUAAUGAUAGGGUAUUCAGUACGAACUAGAAACCCAUUUAUUUAAAAACAGCAUUUUAUGUAAAAUACAGUUUCCAAAAGUCUGAAAUCCAAUAUAAUCCUGAUUUUCUUUUUUUGUUUUGCAGUAUGAUUUCCAAAUUUGAUUCCUUAAUCCAGUUUAUAUUUGCCAUUGCAAAUAUAUGAAGUCAUAGGCUGUGAAACAAAUGCACCUUGAGAUAGGAAACUGUUUUAAGCAUCAGAAAGAGCCUUUAUCAAUUGACACAGAUGCUACUUAGAGCCUGGUAAAGAGCACAUCAGUGAAACUGUUUCUACACACAAAUAAUAAAUAACCCAGGCACAAUUUAAUAACCUUCACACCUUAAUCCUUUUUGUAAGAUUUUUAGUAAGGUAAUGUUGACUUUACUCUUUUACAAUGCAGAAUGGAGAUGAUAAACCAAUGUUUUAGUAUCAGAAUACAGCAUAUCGAUGUCAGAUCACAAAUAUAGCUCUCAUGUAAGUAGCUGUUAUUCUGAGCUAUUACUGGCACUCAGUGCUCACGUCACAGUUACAAGUGCAUGAAGGCAUGGGUUGGGCACCACAACUUGAUACACUUUAAUAAAUGCCAAAACAAUAUGUAGAUUUUUUUCUAAUAUGAGUUCACUAGCAUGCAUUCAGAAAUAUUAGCCUUAAAAUUAAUAUAGAAAGCAAAUAAAUUUAUUCAUCAAACAGCUGUAAAUUUUAAAGCUGACAAUAUCACUUUUAAAAUUAUACUUAAAUAAUAAUAACUGUCUUCUGAAAUCAAUAUUGUUUAUUUUUUAUUAUUUUCUCUAUCUUGAAGCUUACACUUUUUUUUAAACCGUUUAAUUGAAUUUCAUUGGAAGUCUCCCUUUUACUAGUAUCACCAAGGUAUAUCUUGUACCCUGCCUAAAUGUACCUUGGAGAUGACUAUGUCUCAGAAAGUUUACAUUGUAAAUAUGAAUAGUAUGAUUUACUAUACAAGGGUAAAUGCUUUUCCUCUUGAAUUCCUUUUCAACUUUUAUACUAAAUGUGUUUAUGCUUCAGAGCUUUUUUAAGCAAUCCAUCAACAAGACGCAGCCACAGUUCAUCUUGAAGAACAUGUCUUCUGGAAUUACAAACUAAGAAUUGCCUAGAUUGAAAUAUCGUAAGGUCACAAUGAUCUUUCACUCCUGCAUUUCUUCUCUUACUUCAGCUCGCAAAUUCCUCAAGUUUCCUAAUCCACAAUGAUUGAAAGUUCCAUCAUUAAUAUGGCAGUAAGCCUUCUGUUCUGCUCUGUGCUAUCUGCACCACUCUCACUCACAGCCCACUGCAGCAGUGCCAUUCCACUAAUCCAUCUGACUCGCAUUUGAACUGCUUACUUUUAUCUAUUUUCGUUAAAAUCUGGCUACCUUUUUACAAUGUAUUUUGCAUUCAUCAUCCAAAAGUCCCUUGAAUUUGCUCAUUCAAUUGUAUGCAUUCUUGGUGAAAGAAAGCUUAGGAUCAGUGAGAGAGAUGUAGAAAAAGCUAACAGUGAGCAUGCUAAUGUUUUUCAGAAAAUCUUUUGGUGAUUAAAUGUUUGGGAAGUUGUUGAAACUAUUGACUCCCAUGUUAGCAUUUGUACGUGAGGCAGGUUAGCUAUGAUAUUAAACAGACUAAUCUCUGUCCUGUCAAUGUGCCGAAUGCAGCACUCAAUUGAUGUUAAGCACUGCUGUUGAAGUUUUACAUGUCAUUAGAAAUGCAUUGAGGAAAAAAAAUCAUUACAACUGUUUUUAAUUUGGCCAUUUACAAAUGAAACAAAUGCUAAGUGUGCUUAGCAUUCAUGUGCUUCAUUCAGGGGGGAAAGAAGUGCGGCUUUCCUAACAAUAAUGUGUAUAAUUGAGCAAUCUCCAUUGAGGGUUAACCAACAGUUGUGUCAGGAAUCCAUGAGAUAUCCUGUGAGGAGAUUUUUUUUCCCGAGGGAACACGAAAACAAAUUUCAAUAAAUAUGCAUGAUUAUGAUUAAGUGCAAGCUGCUGAUUUUUUUUUGUUGGGACUUAUGUAUUUUAUCCUUAUGAAGUGCCAUCUUUACAAUACUGUCACUGUUGGAGGAUCUUCAGUGAGUUAGUAUUUUGAAGUUAUAUGUAAAAUCGAAUUCUGCAAAUGCCUCAAAGGGCAAGAAAAUCUGACUGGACCUGUUCAAGUAUUGUCUUCAAUCCUGUCUUUAAAAAAUAUAUACAGUAAUAAAUAUAAGUCAUUUUGAGUUGGAUGCAUCGUAAUAACUUUCCUACUCAGUUGCAGUAGUCAACUUAUUGUCAAGCAGGACCCUAGACAUGGACUUUGACAUUGAUGAGGAUGAAGAUCAUCAUACGAAUUAAUCUUGUGAUGUAGAAUCACUGGAAAACAUUGCACCAACUGGGGACACCAAUAGGCUUUAAUAUUAGAAAGUAUCUGUAAGCUAAGUCACUGAAGAUUGAAGGUCAGGUCAGUUCAAAGUUCUGGAUUCUAUUAAAUAUGUUGCAAUAUUUUUGAGACCAAGUUGAAAUGAGCACUUUGAGCAUAAAUUAUUCCCUAAUUAGCUUUUAUUUCUGAGCUUCAUUUAUACUGGAAUGUUUAUUUGUUCUAUAUGGCUUUAUAAUAAGGUGGGGAAACUGACUUAACUGAUAUAAGAUCAGAUCCCCAUGAGCUAUAAAUUGCUUACUGGAAUGGAUGUUUGCAAAGUAAGUGGUAACAUACGUUAUGUUAUUGAAGGGACAAACUAGUGACUGCACCAGGCUCGACAUUUUGUGACUGUAAAUUCAUGAGUUACCUUGCUGUUGUUUUUGUCAGUGUUUGGUAUCUAUUGACGAUUUUGCCUUACUAAAAUGAUAAGUCACUUAGUUAUUGGUGUUACGUGCUACUUAUAAAGCCAGCUCCAUUAAUUGUAUAACGUAUGAGGAAUGGUGCCAGGAGUGGAUUUCAUCCAGUGUGGUGUAAAGGUCACCUCAAUAUGAUAUCAGUCAGGUACCCACAGAGAAUAUUAUUUAUAUAAUGAUGACUUUAAUAAUGUAUUGUAACUUCUUGAUCAUCAAAUUUGGUUUAAAGUAGAACUCUGAAGAGGUAGACUAAUAAUGAACAAGUCUAAUGAUAUAGUCUGAAGUAGUUAUUGCUAAUGCUUAUUGAAGUAUUGGUAAAUCACAAGGGGAGGCAAAAAGAUUAAUGGGUGUACUUUGAAUAAAGGUUUUCUUAACAAAAGCACCACUAACAUUAAAGCAAAUUUAUUUAUCCAUGCACAGCUUCCAAUUACUAAUGAUAAUGAUUUAUAACCACUGUCACAAUGGGUGUUUGGUUCAAGAUAAAUCAAAUGUUCAUCUCUAAUUGCACAUUCUAAACACUGGCAGCAUUACCUUGCAUUUGGGAAACCAACUGUGAUGCCACUUGAGAAGGGGAGCAUUUGUCAUCACAUACAAAACUGCAUUUUAGUUAUAUUUUUAUUUCACUUUUAAACUAGCUGCCUGCAGUUUUAAAAUAAAACUGAGCAGGUGACUGACAAGCCUGCUGAAAGGAAAUAGUUAUUGGAUCGUGAACUGGGCAGCUGAACAUUUGUAGCUAUUUAUAACACUUUGUUGUCACUAAAUUUUUAGAAUAAAUGUCAGCAAAGGUACUUAACACUGGAAGAAGCCAUCUAAUGUUUAAUAAGGAAAAUGAAAUUGCAAUAAAUUAAGAGAACAUUUGUUGUGAUUUUUAUGUAGCUAAGUGCACAAAUAUUCAUUGGUGCAGCAUUUUGAAAUGCCAAGAGCUUAGUUAUGAGAAAGUAACUUUUAACGUUAAAUAUAGAAGGUCUUUUUCAUUAUUACAAUCUGCCAGGGGUAGCCUUUGACCCUUUGACAGCAUUUCCCUUGCUGGAGUCUUCAUCAGCAGCUUGGCCCAUCCCAAAAGAAUGCUGUCACUGCUUUGGAAAGCUGGUCGACAGGGUUGGAGGGGUAAAGAGAGAGUGGAGAAGGGAGUAGGAGGAAGGGGGACCACAAAGGUUAGGAAGUCCACUUAUAUAGAGACAAUAAAUGUAGUAGAAUGGUGAGUGUUGGGGGCUGGAUGUGGAGCGUUGUGAUGGUCUCUCUCUGCUGGGAGGAGGCAAGUACUCAGAUUUUCUUCAAGCAGUACUAGUGCAAGUCUGACUAAAUAAAGAUUUUAAACAUAUUCUAGAGGCUUCUUUUACCUGCUUUUAUCCAGGUACUGGUUGAAACACGUAUAAAUCCUGGAUCCCGAUUUGCGUUGAUAAGUGAGACUCUUUCCGCAUUCUGGUGAGAGCCCAGGCCACCAGUUAAAACCAGAAGUGCCAAAUCACAAAUUUGUAGGAACAGAGCUGGCAGUGGAGCCAGGCCAUUUUAUCUGCUCCUUUCCUGCUGGGUAGAAAGAGUUGAAAUUCUCCCUCUUAGAAUUAAUUAGCAAAAUCCCAUCCUCAUAAUUGAAGUUUAUGGUAAUACUUUCCCUUCAACAUAAUUAUUUUUAAAGAAAACAUGGAGAUUUGUCUGUAUGUAGUUGAGCCACACUCUGACACUUGUUCCCUUUAUUAACAAUACAUUGUUAAUCUGAUCCAGUUUAUUUCCCUUUAAAGUGUCUUACCUAAUUGACUGCAGUAUUUAAUAACAGGUAGGAAGAGCUAUGUUUUCUCCUUUCACAUAUUAGUGACUGAUUGACUGUAAAUUCAACUAAAUACAAAAGAUUGCAGUGUCACAGGAUGUAAUAUUUUACAAUUGUUCUUGUCCAAGGGUGAAAAUGAACAGAUACCUGCUGUGCUCAUAGUUGUGCAGAUUUAUUCUGACUCUGAUGUCAUGGUGUUAAAAUUAAAUUGUUACUUAGGCUUAAUGUAAUAAUGGAAUUUAAUUUUAUUUAUUAAUUAUAAAACAAACAUGCUUCAGAAGAAUCUCAAGGGGGCAAGUAGUGUGAAAAUUAUUACUUCUAAUUCAAUUAUUGUGCCUGAACUUUCAUUAGUUUUUAUUUUCUAUAUUAACCCCUUCAGAGAGCAGUGUAACUGCAGGGGAACCUGGGAAGAAGGGGGAAUUGGUCUUUGCUGGUAUUGUGAAUAGAACAUAGAACACAGAAAACCUACAGGACAAUUCAGGCCCUUCGGCCCACAAAGCUGUGCCGAACACGUCCCUACCUUAGAGACCUAUAGCCCUCUAUUUUUCUCAGCUCCAUGUACCUAUCCAAAAGUCUCUUAAAGGACCCUAUCGUAUCCACCUCCACCACCGUUGCUGGCUUAUGAAUGAAUUAGUUUUCUCUUGGUUUCUCCUCAUGAAGUAAAAUAAUGUCUUUUACGCCUCCUAUAUUUCAAAUAUAAGAGUGUAGCUGUUGUGCAAAUUUUUAGAAGAACAGAACAGCACAGGAACAGACCCUUCAGCCCACCAUGUAGUGCCGAACACGAUGCCAAAUUAAACUAUAUCUCUUCUGCCCAUACAUGAUCCAUAUCCCUCUAUAUCCUGCAUAUUCAUGUGUCUAACAGCCUCUUAAAUGACAUUCCACCACUACCCCUGGCAGUCCAUUCCAUGCACUUACCACUCUGUGUAAAACAAAAAAUAACUUGCCCUGCACACCUCCUUUAUCCUCUAGUACUUGACGUUUCUACCCUGGGAGAAAGAUUCUGACUGUCUGAAUAAUUUUAUUCUGUCAGGUAUCCCCUUGGCCUCCGAUGCUCCAGAGAAAACAAUCCAAGUUUGCCCAACUUCUCCUUCUAGCUCUUACCCUCUAAUCAGGCAGCAUCUUGGUAAACCUCUUCUGCACCCUUUCCAAAGCCUCCACAUCCUUCCUGUAAUGGGGCAACCAGAAUUGCACACAAUACUCCAAGUGCGGCCUAACCAAAGUCAUAUAUAGCUGCAACAUGACUUCCUUGCUUUUCUGCUUAAUGCCCCAACCAAUGAAGGUAAGGCAAUGUAACAUCUUAAAAAUUCACAGCAGGCCAGCCAUUUACUGUAACAAGGAAGAAAUGUUAACAAGUCAAGUAAUAGAGUUAUAUACCACAGAAAUGUGCUCCUUGACCCACCACAUCCAUGCCAACCUUUUUAUCCAUUAACACUGAUCCUGUUUGCCCAAAUUAAGUCUGUAUCCUUCUGAACCUUGCCUAUUUAAUUGUCUGUCUACAUGUCUCUUAAGUCUACCAUUUAGUUUGUGUUACCUAUUUGAUUUCUCAAAAUGCAUCACCUUGCACUUGCUCGAAUUAAAUUUCAUCUGUCAACGCUCCUCCCAACUUUCCAUCUGAUCUGUAUCCUGCUGUAGCCUUAAACAACCUUUUUUGCUAUCCACAUCACCAACUUUUUGUGUUAUCUACAAACAUACUAAUGAUAUCUCCUAUAUUCACAUUCAAGUCAUUUAUAUAUAAAUAUAUACAAAUAGCAAGGGUCCCAGCACCAAUCCCUGCAGUACACCAUUAAUCACAGACUUCCAAUCAGAAAAGCAUCCUUCCACUACUACCCUCUGCCUCCUAUCACCAAGCCAGUUUUGGAUCCAAUUAGGCAGCAUGCCUUGGAUCCAUGUGCCUUAAACUUCUGGACCAGCCUACCAUGCGGCACCUUGGACCUUACUAAAGUCCAUAUGGACAACAUCUAUCACCCUGCCUUCAUCGAUCUCAGUGUGUAUCUUUUUAUUGCAGAAGUAUGCUCCAAUGCUCUUUACAACUGCAAACAGCAGUGCAUCUCCAGCAUUUGAAAGAUCUUUUCCACAAUUUUUUCUGUUUCAAAAUGCCUCCAAUGAAUUCCCCCUCUCUAGGGUCUGUAGUUAAACCAAUAAGGGGAAUUUUUAUAUUAAGCAAGAAAUGACUGUUGCACAUUUUGAUUUUUUCAUAAGGAAAGUGAAAGAUCACUGGAAGAGUUCUUCUAUCAUUGUCUCAGUUGUUAAUCUUUUUCCAAAAUGAUAAGAGAAUCCUUUGCAGUUAUCUAUAGUUGGAUAGUAUGUACACUAAACAGACUGUUUAUUAUCUGGAAUUACAUUGCACUGCGUUGUUUUGUUUUCCUUAAGUCUGAGUUCAAUACAAGUUCCAGUUUGGACCAAAUCAAUUUUAACUUUCACUGCAACUAAUUCAGGAAUUCAAUGACAUCUUUAAUCUCCAGAUUUGAGGAGCUUAAUAAUUGAAAGUGAAUGUGCUUAGUGAAAUUAACCUGGGCUUGAAAUGCAAUUUAAAUGCUUUCCAAUACAGAUAUCUAAUAAUUGCAUGCAAUCACUACAUGUAUUUUAAGGAACUGUGCUCAACAUGUCAUACUGAACAAAGCAGAAUUAUUGUCAUCUAUAUUACUGUUAUCUUCAGUUAUGUGGAGAUCUAUUUUGUACUUCUGUGUUAUAUGUCAUUGCAUAAUGCAUACUGUGCUGUUGUAAUUUUUCUAAUUAUGUUGGUUUUAACAAAUCAUCUUUCACUUAUGAUUUAAUCUAAAAUAAACAGU